CUAGUUUUCCCGCCAAUUUCACUCUUCCACUUAAGAGACUUCUGCCCAACUCCUCUAUCCCCUUCUCCUCCCCUCCCCACCAUAACACAAACGCCGCCGCCGCCGGGAGUCGGGGAACAAUGAUUGAGACCCCGAAAAUGAAGAAAUCUAAUCGAACCCCCAAAAAGAAGCAACCCAUUUCUUCCCCAGACGGCGUCAUUGAACCCCCAACCCCACAAACCUCAACACCCACCACCAAUCUGCGGCGCUCCCUUCGUCUCACCUCCGCCUCACCACAGCCCAGCUCGGCACCCUCUCCCCUGAAAAGUUCCCCACAUUCCUGUAGGAAGACAUUGAAAAGUUACAAGAAUGCGGCCCCCCAUUCACCUGCCACCAUUUCAAUAACCCCUGCAUCUCCACAGCCCACUGAAUCCAGAAAGAAGAGAAAAACUCAAGACAAAGAAGCUGCAAGUAUCGAGAAAAGAAGGGUCUUGAGAAGUGAUAAAUGUACUAGUGCUAGCAAUAAAGGUAAGAAAAGAGUGUAUUACAAAAAGGUGAUUUAUGAUGGAGGCGAGUUUUCAGCAGGGGACGAUGUUUAUGUAAAGAGGAGGGAGGACGGUAGCUCAGACGAUGAGGAUCCUGAGGUAGAGGAAUGCAGAGUGUGCUUUAAGCCUGCGGGAAAGCGAAUUAUGAUUGAGUGCGAUGAUUGUUUGAAUGGGUUUCAUUUGACGUGCUUGAAGCCGCCAUUGAAGGAGGUUCCUGAAGGAGAUUGGAUUUGUAAUUAUUGUGAGGCCAGGAGAUCUGGAAAAUUAUUGGAAUUUCCGGAGCCACCAAAGGGGAAGAAGAGGGCUAGGACUGCUAGGGAAAAGUUGCUUUCAAGCGAUUUGUGGGCAGUUCGUAUUGAAAGUUUAUGGAAAGAAGUGGAUGGUUCUUAUUGGUGCCGGGCUCGGUGGUAUAUUAUUCCAGAGGAAACUGCUGUGGGGAGACAGCCUCAUAAUUUGAGGAGGGAGCUGUAUCGAACUAAUGAUUUUGCUGACAUUGAGAUGGAGUCAAUUAUUAGGCAUUGCUAUGUUAUGAGCCCAAAAGAAUUCUCCAAAGCUGUCAAUGAUGGAGAUGAUGUGUUUCUCUGUGAAUAUGAGUAUGACAUACAGUGGCAUAGUUUCAAACGCAUUGCGGAGAUUGACGAAACUGAAGAUGAUGGUGAAGGAGCUGACACUGACGAUGAUUGGAAUUCGUGUGAUGAGUCAGAUGCUGUCUCAGAAGAAGACAUAGAAUAUGACGAUGAGAGCAAAAUCAAUUUAUUGUGUCGAACAUCUCCAGCUCACCCUGUAGCUGCAAACUCACGCAAGGGACGGAUAUUUGGACUGCAACGUAUUGGGGCAAGGAAAAUACCAGAACAUGUUCGAUGUCACAAGCAGACUGACCUGGAAAGGGCGAAAGCAACACUUCUGCUUGCAACGUUGCCCAAGUCUCUACCUUGUAGGGAUAAGGAAAUGGAUGAGAUAACCACAUUCAUCAAAGGUGCCAUAUGUGAUGAGCAAUGCCUGGGAAGAUGCCUCUACAUUCAUGGUGUCCCUGGUACUGGCAAGACAAUGAGUGUACUUGCUGUGAUGAGGAAUCUGAAGUCUGAGGUUGAUGCAGGAAGCAUAAGGCCUUACUGCUUCGUGGAGAUUAAUGGUCUCAAACUGGCUUCACCAGAGAACAUAUAUACUGUGAUCUAUGAAGGAUUAAGUGGCCAUAGAGUUGGUUGGAAAAAGGCCCUCCAUUUCUUGAAUGAGCGAUUUUCAGAUGAAAAUAAAAGCGGGAAAGAUACAAGACCUUGUAUUCUUCUCAUUGAUGAACUUGAUCUUCUAGUAACCAGAAAUCAGUCGGUUUUAUACAAUAUUCUAGAUUGGCCUAAUAAGCCAAAUUCCAAACUGAUUGUGAUAGGAAUAGCAAACACUAUGGAUCUUCCGGAGAAGUUGCUGCCGCGCAUUUCUAGUCGUAUGGGCAUACAGAGGCUUUGCUUUGGUCCAUAUAACUAUCAGCAACUUCAAGAAAUAAUUUUGAGUCGUCUAAAAGGAAUUGAUGCUUUUGAAAAGCUUGCAAUUGAAUUUGCUUCAAGGAAGGUGGCUGCCGUUUCUGGAGAUGCUCGUCGGGCAUUAGAGAUUUGUAGGAGAGCUGCAGAACUUGCAGAUUACCGUGCUAAAAAAUCUCCACUUUCUAGCACAGACUCUACAGGGAAAAUGGUAGGAAUGGCAGAUGUUGAAUCAGCAAUAAAAGAGAUGUUUCAGGCGCCACAUAUCCAAGUGAUAAGAAGUUCUUCUAAACUGAGUAAAAUCUUCUUGGCUGCUAUGGUACAUGAACUUUAUAAAACAGGAAUGGCUGAGACAACUUUUGAAAAGCUGGCAAUGACAGUCUCCUGUUUCUGCUCUAGUAAUGGAGAAAUGGUUCCAGGGUAUGACACGCUCCUGAAAGUCGGAUGCAAGCUUGGGGAAUGCAGAAUAUUAUUGUGUGAGGCUGGCACAAGGCACAAAUUGCAGAAAUUGCAGCUCAACUAUCCCAGUGAUGAUGUUACUUUUGCGCUGAAAGACAGCAAGGACCUUCCCUGGCUGGCCAAGUAUCUCUAAUUCAACCAUUAUUAGGAGAUCCAAAUUUGAAUGUUUUCAUGAAUUACAUCAUUAAAUUUUAGUUUAUUACUUAUUUCUUCGGAGAUUUUAAAGUUUCUGCAGAGAACAAUUUUGUUUGCUUCUUUUUUUUUGGAAAAGGAUUCCCCAUGUGGUACUUCAUGUGGCUUAAACCAUUUAUUUGAAUAAGCACUUGUCAGAGAUAAAUA